GAUUUGUGUCGAACGAAUAGUCUAUCGUAUAAUUUUUUCGCGGGAGAAAAAUGAAGUGCUACGUAAAAUGUAAAGAUUCACGCGGCACCUGAACGAAUUAUAUGCAGGCGAGAUGAUAUUUAUUUUAUAAAUUAAAUGUCAUAAGUUUAUUUAACUUUUCGCGGCGUUAAUUACGUAGCGAUGAAGUGUCGUUCUAGUCUGAAGUACCAGACAAGUUUUCGAGAGUGAUCCAGGUUUGUUAAAACAUUUUCGUCGCUAUGGAAUUUUCGUGGGCACUUCAGCAUCAAUCUAAUGAUCAAGAUGGACGAAAUCAUCCGACUGAUCAUCAUGAAGACGCUAAUAUUAUCAAUCAAGUUAGCGCCCGUCGAUUGCUUAGCGUGGCAGGUCGUGGCGAUUUCGUCGGGGGGAUAGACAACGAAGCCUUGGAUUUUUCGCAAUUGGAAGACUUUAUCAACAGUGACAGUGAACAACCUGCAACAUAUUUCGCGGACACCCUUGCCCACAACGAAAAUGGAGGUGGAACGGUGUCCCACGGUGGCCGGAUCGAGGCACCCACGUCGCAACCGGUUGCCCAACAGCAGCCACCACCGCGACUACCUUCGCCGCAGAUGACGCAGGCUCAUCCAGUUUCGAUAGCGUGCGCUUCCGGUACCACGACGGUGGUGCCCAACAACGCCGGCUACAAAGAUCCGCAGGCGUAUGUUCACCCACACGCGCUACCGGAAAGCCCACCCGAUAGCGGAAGUGAGCCACCGUAUUCACCGCCGGGACAUAAUGACACUCAACACGUACAUUCGCCACAUCAAAAGGCAGCUCUGCAAGAAAUACUUCUGCAUCAUCAGAACAAUCAGUACCCUUCUAAUUUGCUACCACCUUCCCCGAGAACGUUGCCUGCGACAACGGAUCCUCUAUUGUUAACGCCGGUCCUGACAUCUCAUCUUACGUCAGGAACGUCGAAUCUUCCAACGCAGCCUCAGAUAGGACCGCCUUUGGUGCCGUUAUCGCACGAACACAGCCCAGCUGGUAUUAACACGUUAUACUCCUCCCUGCAAUCGGCCCCGAAAAAGAGGAAGCUCAGCCAAGAUGGUCUUAUUCAUGUCAAACAGGAACCCGAACUGGGUACCGUGGAGCACAGUUGCAGCAGCAGUAGUGGGGUGUUGGAUAACGACGAAGUCACUGACAGUAAUUACAUCGACGCUAGUUAUCAGUGUAUUCGAUUUCAUCCUUUUCAGCAAACGUCUUGGCACGUUCUCUGCGAUCAUAAUCUCAAAGAGUUACCGAUACCACACUAUAGAGUCGACGCCGAUAAAGGAUUUAAUUUUAGCAAUUCGGACGAUGCGUUUGUUUGUCAGAAGAAGAAUCAUUUUCAGAUAACAUGUCACGCGCAGCUUCAAGGGGAGGCCGUAUUUGUUAGGACUGGCGAAGGCCUAAAGAAGAUAAGUGGUUUUCAAUUACAUUUCUACGGAGUUAAGGUGGAAUCUCCGUCGCAAACGAUCAGAGUCGAACAAAGUCAAAGUGAUAGGAGCAAGAAACCAUUCCAUCCUGUAAUAGUCGAAUUAGGCGGCGAACGUGUGACAAAAGUGACGGUCGGCCGCUUGCACUUUAGCGAAACUACGAGCAAUAAUAUGCGUAAGAAGGGAAAACCAAAUCCGGACCAGAGGUAUUUUCAUUUGGUUGUCGGGCUGCACGCUCAUACCGCAGACCAAUCCAGUUAUCAAGUAGUGGCUCACGCAUCGGAACGUAUAAUUGUCAGAGCGAGUAAUCCAGGGCAGUUUGAAUCAGAAGGUACUGGUGUGGGUGCUGAGGGUGGAUGGCAGAGAGGAGCAGCUCCAGAUAGCGUAUACCAUGCCGGCAGGGUUGGAAUUAAUACGGAUAGACCAGACGAAGCUCUUGUUGUGCAUGGCAAUAUGAAGGUAACCGGUCACAUCGUUCAACCCAGCGACGUAAGAGCGAAGCAGAGCGUUCAAGAAGUUGAUACGCGCGAACAACUACGGAACGUACAACAACUGCGCGUUGUUCGUUAUCGAUACGCUCCCGAAUUCGCGCAACAUUCGGGUCUAGAUAUCAAACAGGAGGAUACUGGCGUUAUAGCGCAAGAGGUUCAGCAAAUUUUACCGGAAGCGGUUCUACCGGCAGGUGAUAUAGUUCUACCAAAUGGUCAAAGAAUUGAAAAUUUCUUGGUGGUAAAUAAGGAGAGGAUAUUUAUGGAAAACGUUGGUGCGGUCAAGGAAUUAUGCAAAGUGACGGACAGUCUAGAAACGAGAAUAGAUCAAUUAGAGAGAAUAAAUAAACGACUGGCAAAAUUGAAAAGAGGUGAUAGUCUAAAGAGUUCUAUCAGCACAGUAUCUAGUAUAUCGGGCAAUAAAUAUUCAUCGUCGAUCAAUAAUAAGUCGUCUUUGCACGGAAAGACAAAAAGGUUCGAAAGGGAGGAAGAACUUCUCUGCAGUAAUAAAUUUAUUCAAAUUAUUAUUGUCAUACUUAUUCUCAUCAUGGCAUUUUGUCUAGUUGCAAUGGCAACAUUAUAUUUCUUAGAAUAUCAAAAACGCAGUAGCGUUGAAUGGUCUGCCAUGGCAAGCAAUGGAAUGUUGGCUAUUGGUCCGGCACAUCCUCCGACAAUGUCUACCACUUCUAAUUACGAGCAUCGAUAUAAUUCCUUGUUACAUAGCACAUUAUCCCCUUUCUAUACUAAGCAAGGAUCUUACACGAGAGAAUUAGACGGAGGAUUAUCUGUCAAAAGUAAUUCUCUCACCACAUCGCCUCCACACACGAAACAACAAUUGUACUCUCAGGAAAUAACGUGGUAUCCGAUGAGCCAUCCGGGUCCCCAGCCUAAACAUGAAAAAAAUAACGAAUUCCCGGGAAAUUGGCUUAGUAGAAGUGGUGCAGGCGCUGUUCCUAGCAAUGUGGAUGAGAAUGAUCAAGGCUCGGAUAUAGAUUCUUCAUCUAUUAAUAAAGGUCCAGUUCCUUUAGGAAGACCUGAAGAAUGUCCCGCACACUUUACUGAGCUCGAAAGUCCAUGCCAGAUAUAUUGUUGCACAACUGAGAUUCAUCAAUUAGAGGAUCCUCAGCCUGAUCAUCCACCAGAGAAAAAGUCCAUUUCAGAUCACUUGGAACAGCCACUAAGUAUGCCACACGAAGAGAAACGAAAAUUAAGUAAGGGUUUCCAAAAUGGUAUUAGUCCAUCCGAUCCUAGCACUCAAACUCUUGUGAAAGAGACCAAUUACAAGUAUUUGCAUAAACGUGCAAGACGAGAAACCGGUGGUGGAGAUUGGGGAGAAGUCGCUAGUAACGCUGCGGGAUCAUUGCCGCCAGAGCCUAGACCACAAUUAUUCGUAGUAGCAAAAAAUUUCAACACGUCUUUGGAUCAAAGAUAUUGCUCCCCGUCGUUACCGGAUACACCCAAUAACAUUAGUUGCAUUGUACCUUUAUCAAAACAUAUGCCAGAUACGCUUUUAACAUUACAUUUUGUCGGUAUACCAUGGUAUUGGCAAAUUGUGCAGCAGUGUCCUUUAUCACCGAAUUCUGGUACGGACGAAACAAUGUGUUGGAGCCAUUCUGUGCCGCAACAACCUCAGUAUAUUGAAAGUAAUAAUCAACCAAAUGAUCAGUCUUUUCCCCUUGAUGUCGCUCAUUACAUUAGGAAAACUUUAAAGUUUCGCAUACCUAUGAUGCAACCUCAAGAGAAUAUUUGCAAAAGUAAGCAUGAUGUUGACUAUUUGGAAUUUACGUUGCACUUUUAUCGAGACUGCGAAGAACAAUGAAUUUUAACUUUUUGUACAGCACAUUUUAUAAGAAACUUGAUAAGUUUCUAAUUAUCUAACAAACGUUAGAUUUCUCCACUCUAUAUAAAGCCUCUGUGCCUUCGUAACCUGUCCUCUGCUUUCAUAGUACUCUUGUAUUUUAUAUAUCAUCGUAUUCUAUAUAGUAUAUUAUUUACUACUAUAAACAUAAAGUAUACAUAAUUUACAAUUAUAGUUGAUGCAACACGUAUCAUUAAUGCGCAGGAAAUUUCUUUAGGUAGUGAAGGCGCACAGAUUAAUUAAUUAAUAUAUACAUAUAUAUAUAUGUAUAUAUACACACAAUUAUCUUAUUCACUUACAGAACUGGUAGCAGUAAUGACAAACGAACAAUUAAGUAGUGGUUGAUGGAUGUAUUUCUCACUUCUCAUUAGAAAUUUGUAUUGUCACAACAUAUCUUACAACAUCUCUUUAUGAUUUUACACUUUUGAAUCUAAUCAAUAAUACUUACUAAUAUUCGAAUAAUAUUACGAAUCAGGCGCAAAAUAUUAAAUAAAUAAUAUUUAUAAUAUUAUGAGAUGAGGAAAUAUUUGCUAUACUCUACUAUAGAAUGUAUGUGUGUGUGUGUUUACACACACAAACACACAUAUACGUAUACUAGUGUAAAUUAGUUUUACAUCCAUCAACGUAUACUAUAUUUUCUAAUUUAUUAAUAGUUUCCUAUGAAACUUAUACUCAAGAUCUAAUUGUGAGCGUAUAUUUCUACACUUAACAUAUAUCUGUUACGUAGUUUAUUUUAAUUUUUGAUACUGAUUUAUAGAUAAUUCAUUGUAUAAAAGGUAAUGUAUGAAACUACUAAUUCCUAGCGACAUUUAGACACUUGUGAAGUUGAAUAAGCUUAUUAUCAAAAUAUUGUGUCACAUGAAAAGCAUCAUAGUGUUAAAAUUGUAAAUAGUCAUUUAUCUACUAUGUGAUUAAUUUCAUUUCAUGAUUAUGUACAAACACCAUUAAAUAUUUAAUGUUAUAAUGUUAUAUAAUAUUGUUAUUAAGGAGAGACAAUUUAUCGUUGAUUUUUAAUAAGUUAUUUUUAAUUUGAGUAUCUCUUUUUCACAGAAGAUUUUCACAGAAUAAUGGAAAUCAUUGAGGCAAUUAAAUAAAAGGAGUUUUAAUAUUUUUAUUUGCUACACUAUUUGUUUAUAUUAAAUGAUACUAUAGAAUUGUACGAGUUCCUAAAAAUAUUGUACAGUAAAUGUUUAAUGAUAGAGUCAUUUAAAUGCACAUAUUUUGCCACAGUUGUGCUAAAAAUGAUAGGUAUACACGUAUAAAUAGCCUAGUAAAAGACAAAUUAUUAGAAAACAUUUUUUCCUGAUUAUGUACGCGUGCUAAUUUUAAUUUUAUAUAAUAGAAUAAAGAGCAUCCAGUUUUCAAUUAAAAAAUGUUGAAUUUGCCUAAUAGCAAUAUAAAAGCGUACUUUCAUUAUUAAAAUGUAACUCGUACAAUAUUGUUAAAAGCAUGACGAGCAAUCUUGAAGCAGUUUUAAUUAUAUAUACAUAUCCUUGCCGUCCACGUGUAUACUGUAUAACGAAAAGCAAUGUAGAGAAAUUUGAUAAUUUAUCCAUUGAUUAUCUGUACUAUAUACUCAAAGCUCAGUGCACAAACUUGCAACGUAUUGUAGAGAAACUGGAAUUUGGAUAAUUAUUAGUAUAUAUCAUUAUCCAUAUUUAUAUAUAAAUUGUAUAAAUUACACUUUAUUGUACAGUAAUAUACAUUUAACUGAUAUAACAGAGUGUAGUAUAGUAUUGCUACGAUAUGCUAAAUAAUAUUUGCACUUUAUUUAUUGAUUCAAAUGUUACAAUACG